CGAGUGAUCGGCCGAUCGCCGAUUGGUCGACAGUCGCGAGCCCCCGCUUGCCAUUGGUCGGUUCGCAGAUGCGGCGCGCCACACACCCCGAAACGACAGGACAACAUCAAUGAAAGGUACAAAUACUGUGGGAAAGCGGAAUAGGUAUUUUGGUCCUGUUCGCCAACGGGAUACCGUUUUUGUCCAUUCGAGGGUGUCCAGAUUUUGUGUUCGUUUCUAGGAAGGAUGUCGACGAUGAUGAUGAUGAUUCCUAGCCAAGGUUUGCCUUCACCACCCACAACUCCACCCCUUAAAAAUUUGCCUGAAGAUGAAUCGGCUCAGUCCUCAGCGAUCCUCCAACUACGUCAAUUCCUUGGCCAAAAGAGGCCCCUACCACCCAACAUCCCAGGGCUUCUAACCCCUCAACCCUCAGAUUCUGAGAGCGAAGAUGCAGAAUGCCCCACAAAAAGAUUGUGUCUCCCUCCACCAGUACGCCAACUGUCAAUCAGCCACCCACCAACAGACGCUGUUGUAAAGGAGCCCCAAUCCAGGAACUUUUCUGUGAUCAUGAAAGCCCACCAAGAUGGCAGCUGUACAAGACUACCCAUACCAAACGAGAAACCACCAGUACAGCCAAACAUACUCAGAACCCUGAAGUUCAAAAUGGGAAAUAGAAAUAAGGAACAAAUAAUUAACUGCCAGAAGAUAGUGUCUAGAUCAGAGGAAAAACCUGUAGAAGCUACCAAACCAAUUUCACCACCUGCUUAUUUACCCACUUUGGCACCAAAAUUUGCUGCUCCUAGUCAGCCUACCAUCUUCAUAUCUGCAGAUGGUACUGUUUUACCUACCCAAAUAUUUUUCAUAGCACCUCAGCCCACUGUGACCCAACUGCCUGCAAGGAAAAGAGUCUAUGAGUGCACUUAUGAAGGGUGUGGCAAGAACUACUUCAAAUCCAGCCACCUCAAAGCACAUAAUCGCACCCAUACAGGAGAGAAACCUUUUGUGUGCCACUGGGAGGAUUGUGGAAGAUGUUUUUCAAGAUCUGAUGAGCUAUCCAGGCACAAGAGGACCCACACAGGGGAGAAGAAAUUCAAGUGCAGUACUUGUCAGAGGCGGUUCAUGAGGUCUGAUCAUUUGGCAAAGCAUGUCAAGAGGCAUGCUAAGGAUAAACUGAGCAUGCCUAAGGCAAAUGUUCUACCAGUACUUAGGUCUAUUCAGCCAGCAGUUAUGCCUCUUUGCAUACAAAGGGUUUGAAGUGUUCUAUGAAUAAGAAAGGUCGUUUCUCUCACUUUGUCCCUUUUAUACUUUUUUACUGAGGAAUAGUUUUCUAAUGUUACACCUGUUGUAUAUAGUACAUUCCAAUUAGAGACUAAUAGAGGUUAUAUUGACUUUAUUAUUUGAUAUUAUCUGUGAUUCAACAUAUUUAUUGUAUUGUUAAGAUUAAUCAACUGAGCAAAUUUUAUAAAUAUGUAGUAUAUUGUAUUAUGUUAAUAUACUUUUGCAACUCUA